UGCUUGCUUGCACCUCCUGCCUCCUGGCCCAAACCAGCUGGACCAGCUCUCCCGGUGCCCUCCUGCAGCCCCCCCUUCCCACCAGCCAAGUCACAGCCUCCAGGGCACCUUCAGGCAAACGAGUGGUGGGUCCUGAUCUUGGACACCUGAAGGUGGGCUUCUGGGCCGAGAUGGCCCUGCAGAGCCAGAUGUGGUCUCCGGCCACACCCAUGCCCAUGGCCGAGAGCUCCCUCUACCGGCAGCGGCUAGAGGUCAUCGCUGAGAAGCGGCGGCUGCAAGAGGAGAUCCGCGCCGCGCGCCGGGAGCUGGAGGAGGAGAAACUCCGCGUGGAGCGGCUCAAGAGGAAGUCUCUCCGGGAGCGCUGGCUAAUGGACGGGGCCGCUGAGGGGACGGAGCGGCAGGAGGACUCCACCUCGAAAGACCCCCAGUCACCUGAGGGCCAGGCACAGGCCCGAAUCCGGAACUUGGAAGACAGCUUGUUCACACUCCAGUCCCAGCUGCAGCUGUUGCAAAGUGCAUCCACAGGUGCGCAGCACAGGCCCUCAGGCAGGCCCACCUGGCGCAGACAGGGUCACCGACCUCUCUCCCAGCCUACCGUGGAGGCAGGUCCCACAGACCGCGGUGAUCUGAACAAGAGAGCCUCCCUACCAGUCGGACCAGUGGACACAUCCCCAGAGUCCCCCUCUGAGCCCAGAAAUGAGGCUGUCAGGGUUCCACAAGCCCUGAGGCUGUUCCCUGGGGCAGGGGGGCCCUCCUCAGAAGCCAAUGGCCCCUGCCCUGGACCCAGCCCCCCUCCAGGGCAGGAGCCUAGUCAGGGGCUGGCAGCAUCCAAGGGGGGCAUGGAUGAGGCCAAAGGGGGUGUGGUGAAGGUGGUAUGGGAGGGGCUGAGGGCCACAGAGGACUGUGCCACCGGGACCACGGGCCCAGAGCUGGAGGCUAAGGUAGAGGAGAUGGUGCUGGAGGCCAUUGGGGACAGGCAGGAUGCUGGCUGCCCGGAGCUCCCAUCCUGGGUGAAGGAGGACAGGGGCAUCGUGGAGGUGGUCUGGNAGGGGGUGGGAGGGGUGGACAGCAGCGACUCAGAGGGCACAGGGGACAUGGGCAGGGGCCAGAAGGCUGUGCAGCCCAGCUCACCGAGGCUUCAGGUGGGACUAGAGGGCACAGCUCCUAGAGAAGGAGGUGUUCCCAGGGGCAGCCCUGAUGGUGAUGGGCCAGGGGGCUCUGGAGGAGAGGAGGGGUCUUUCAUUUGGGUGGAGAGAGUGACCCUCAGCGAGGAGUGGGAGGAGCUGGUGGUGGAGGGAUUGGAAGGGCCAAGGGUGUGGGGAAGAGGGAGAGGACCUGAGAGUCCACUGGAGGCAGAGAGGGGGGCAGGGGAGGAAGCCUGGGAGGCAGGGAGCAGCCAAGCAGAGGAAUCAGUGGGUGGAGGAAAGAAGGGGAGUGAGGAAAAGGCAGGGACAGAGCAGGAAGGAGCGGACAUGUCUCUGAUGGUGGAGAGGGAAGGAAGUGAGGACUCCUUGGAGCCAGGGAGGAAAGGGGAUGAGGAAAAGGUGGGGACAGAGAGGGAAGCAGUCGAGGAACUAUUGUCAGCAGCAGGAAAGGCAGUUGAGGGACCUUUGAGGGCAGAGAGAGAAAGAGGCAAGGAGCCAUUGCAAGUAGAGCAGAAAGGAGGUGAGGAAGAGCUAGACGCAGAGAGGGAAGAUGAGGAACCAUUGGGAGUAAAGCAGAAAGGAGAUGAAGAAAAGCUAGAGGCGACUCAAGAACCAUUGGUGAUGGAGAGAAAGGAAGGCGAGGAAUCAGCGAAGGCAGAGAGAACAGGAGGUGAGGCGCCAUUGGAGGCAGAGAAGACUGAAACGGUCGAGGAAGAUCUGAGUCCAGAAGAGCAGAGCGCAUCUGGGGGAGGACAGGAAUGUCAGACAGAGGAGGUGAGUGAGGCAGGGGCUCCCUUGGGGGCCAAGGAAGAGUCAAGGGCCGAAGAGGAAGAACCACAGCCCCAGGAGAAGCAGGAAGGCUCCCUGCAGGAGGAAUCCGUACGGCCCCAAACCCCUGCUGAGGGCCGGGGCCCCUCCGGGGACGCCACCCCCCUCCUGGCAGAGACCCCAGCUCCAGAGCAGCCUGCCGAGUGCCAGCCACUGCUUCGGGCGCAAGGGCCCAGGGCCAACCCUAGUGCCCGGCCGGUGCCCACCUACGCCCCCGCCCGGCAGCCCGAGCCGUCCGCCCCUCGUGAGGGUGAAGAGGCAAGUGGCCCUAAGCAAAAGGCGUGCCAGUGUUGUGCGGUGAUGUGAGCCCGCGCCCCCCGCCCCACACGCAGCUCCUCUCACAGCUACCUCGGCCUCUCGGCACCCGGCAGCGGGUCCCAGGCACAGACAGGGCAC